AUGUUUGUCCAGUUGAGUAGCAUUAUCGGUAACAAUGUCUAUCGUGAUGAUGACAAGCCCUUGUACAAAAGAGGUAACAUGCAGUUGUUUGUCAUUUCUUUGAUCCUCAUUCCGAUUUUGAUACUUGCUAAGGGGUAUUAUAUUUGGAGAAACAAGAGUAAAGAUAAGAUUUGGAAUGCAAUGAGUGAGGAAGAAAGGCAGACUUAUAGAGAAACAACGACGGACGAAGCUAACAAGAGACUAGAUUUUAGAUUUGAUCAUUAA